CCUUGUCCCCUGCGCCAUGGCUCCGGCUAGGAAGGGCGGCAGUCGGGCCAAGACCAGCUCCUUACGGAGCCGCAAGCUCGCCUCCUUCCUGAAGGACUUCGACCGCGAAGUGCAAAUACGGUCCAAGCAGAUUCAGUCGGACGCGCAGAACCUCCUCAAGGAGAUCGACAACCUGUACAACAUCGAGAUCCUGCGGCUGCCCAAGGCCCUGCGCGAGAUGAACUGGCUCGACUACUUCGCUCUUGGAGGAAGCAAGCAGGCUCUGGAGGAAGCAGCAACCGCUGAUCUGGAUAUCACAGAAAUCAACAAACUGACAACGGAAGCUAUUCAGACACCCCUGAAAUCUGCCAGAACACGAAGGGCAGUGCAGCUGGAUGAAAUGAUAAUGGAAGAAGAAGAGAAUAAAAAUAAUCGUCAAACUGCACGAGUCAAGAGGUGCCCUCCAUCCAAGAAAAGAGCCCAGUCCAUACAAAGGAAAAGCAGGAGUAAAAGGUCAAGCCACUGUAACAUUGUGACCCCCGCUCUGAGCCGUCUAGAGUUGUCCCUGGUGAAACCAACCCCAGGCCUGACUCCCAGGUUCGACUCCAGGGUGUUCAAGACCCCGGGCCUGCGCACUCCGGCAGCCCGGGAGCGGAUCUACAACAUCUCCGUGAACGGAAGCCCUCUCGCAGACAGCAAAGAGAUUUUCCUCACCGUGCCCGUGGCAGGUGGCGAGAGCAUGCGGUUACUGGCCAGUGACCUGCAGAGGGUUGACAUCGCACAGCUGGACCCGGAGGCCAUCGGCAACAUCAGGAAACUCUCUACCCGUCUUGCCCAAAUCUGCAGCAGCAUACGGACUCAGAAAUGAGGCUGCAUUUCCAAGACACCAGACACGGCAGAAGGGACCUUCUGCAGGCACUUCUGAAACCUGAAGAGACCUCUCCCCUCUGAGC